GUAACGGGCUGUAGUGCUCUUUGUGUGUAUGUGGUAGUGUUGGAGCGGAGAGCCUCUAUGCCCAUCGGAGUCUCCCUCUGCUCUGAAGUUCACUCCGCCCCCGCAUGCUUCAGGCUGCCGGCGCUGUGCAGUUCUCCUCUCCUCCUCUCAUCUGCCUCUCCAAAUUCAGCGCGCUCCACUUCUCCUCUCUCUAGCCGUGUGCCUGCGUACACACGGACCUACCGACCGCGUAAACACGCUUUUAUCUCUCAAUAGACGGACAAUAAGGACACAGAUGUCUCCACUAUUCACAUUAGGAGCGUUUCCGCACUGAACUGAAUUACCGGUACAUUCAUCACGCCUUCGAUUUGUCACCAUUUUUAAAUGAAAAAAAUGACAUUGGCGUGGAAUUGUGGUGGACGGUUUUACUUGAAAGUGUGGACGUGCUUUUUCAGCCUUGCAGUGCUCAGGACUCUCUCUAUACCUGCUAAUGAAGUGAAUUUACUGGACUCUCGCUCUGUCAUGGGGGACCUUGGGUGGAUCGCCUACCCAAAGAAUGGAUGGGAGGAGAUAGGUGAGGUGGAUGAGAACUAUGCUCCGAUCCACACGUACCAGGUGUGUAAAGUGAUGGAACACAACCAGAACAACUGGCUCCAGACCAACCUCAUCCUCAACGAAGGGGCUCAGAGGGUGUUCGUGGAGCUACAGUUCACCCUGAGGGACUGUAACAGCCUUCCGGGUGGCGUGGGUACCUGCAAGGAGACCUUCAACAUGUACUACUAUGAGUCUAACGAUGAGGAGGGGAGGAACCUCAGGGAGAGCCAGUACUCUAAGGUAGACACCAUCGCUGCUGACGAGAGCUUUACGGAGUUAGACCUGGGUGACAGAGUGAUGAAGCUGAAUACAGAGGUUAGGGAUCUGGGACCGUUGAUGAAGAAGGGGUUCUACCUGGCGUUUCAGGACCUGGGAGCCUGUAUAGCGUUGGUCUCUGUCAGGGUGUUCUAUAAGAAGUGUCCCUUCAUAGUGAGGAACCUAGCUCAGUUCCAGGACACUAUUACAGGGUCGGACUCCUCCCAGCUGCUGGAGGUGGCAGGAGAAUGUGUUAACAACUCGGUGGCGGAGGACCUACCCAGGAUGCACUGCAGCGCAGAGGGGGAGUGGCUAGUGCCCAUCGGGAAGUGUGUGUGCCAGGCGGGGUUUGAGGAAGUGAAUGACAGUUGUCAAGUCUGCAGAGCGGGUUUCUUCCGAUCGGUGCUUCAGACCCCUGCCUGCAGUAAAUGUCCUCCUCACAGCUUCACCAGAGUCCAGGGUUCCGUAGCCUGUACCUGUGAGGAGGGAUACUACAGGAGAAACAGUGACCCGCCCAACAUGGCCUGUACACGACCGCCUUCUGCUCCUCGUAACGCCAUUUCCAACGUAAACGAGACGUCGGUCUUCCUGGAAUGGGCGGUUCCCGAGGAGACUGGCGGCAGGAAGGAUGUCAGCUAUAACAUCCUGUGUCGUAAGAUCAGCGUUGACAGCAGACACUAUGAGGAGUGUGACAGCACGGUGCGGUUCCUGCCCCAACGUAACAGUCUCAGGAACAACUCCGUGAUGGUGGCAGACCUUCUGGCUCACACUAACUACACGUUCGAGGUGGAGGCCGUCAACGGAGUGUCUGAGCUCACCAACCCCGGACGACAGUUUGUCUCUCUCAACGUCACCACCAACCAGGCAGCCCCGUCUCCUGUGAGUGUGGUGAGGAAAGGGAAUUCUGGGAAGAACAGCAUCUCUGUGUUGUGGCAGGAGCCAGACAGACCCAACGGGAUAAUCCUGGAGUACGAGAUCAAAUACUUUGAGAAGGACCAGGAAACCAGCUACACCAUCAUCAAGUGCAAGGAAACCGAACUUCUCGCUGAUGGGCUGAAGCCAUCGUCAGUCUACAUAUUCCAGAUCAGAGCCAGGACAUCAGCCGGGUACGGAGGAUUCAGCCGGCGCUUCGAGUUUAAGACCAGCCCCUACUUCGCUGCAUCCAGUGACCAGUCUCAGGUCCCCAUCGUCGCUGUAGCCAUCACUGUCGGGGUUAUACUACUGGCCCUGGUGACUGGCUUACUGCUUAGUGGAAGGCGGUGUGGCUACAGCAAGGCCAAGCAGGAACCUGAUGAAGAGAAGAUACACUUCCACAACGGCCACAUUAUGUACCCGGGGGUGCGUACAUAUAUCGAUCCCCACACCUACGAGGACCCCAACCAGGCCGUCCAUGAGUUCGCCAAGGAGAUCGAUGUUUCCUGCAUCACAAUUGAGAGAGUCAUUGGAGCUGGUGAGUUUGGGGAGGUGUGCAGCGGCCCCCUCCGCCUGCCUGGUAAGAAGGAGUUCCCAGUAGCCAUUAAGACCCUGAAGGCAGGUUACACAGAACGACAAAGGCGGGACUUCCUAGGGGAGGCGUCCAUCAUGGGACAGUUUGAUCAUCCAAACAUUAUCCACCUGGAAGGCGUGGUCACCAAGACAAAACCUGUGAUGAUCAUCACGGAGUACAUGGAGAACGGAUCACUGGACACCUUCCUCAAGAAGAACGACAGCCAGUUCACAGUGAUCCAGCUGGUUGGGAUGCUGCGUGGUAUGGCCUCAGGCAUGCGCUACCUGUCAGACAUUGGAUACGUGCACCGGGACCUGGCAGCACGUAACAUCCUGGUCAACAGCAACCUGGUGUGUAAGGUGUCUGACUUUGGCCUGUCCAGAGUCCUGGAGGAUGAUGCUGAGGCUGCAUAUACGACCAGGGGCGGUAAAAUCCCGAUCCGCUGGACAGCUCCAGAAGCAAUAGCGUUUAGGAAGUUCACCUCCGCCUCUGACGUGUGGAGCUACGGCAUCGCCAUGUGGGAAGUGAUGUCAUACGGAGAGAGACCCUACUGGGAGAUGAGUAACCAGGAUGUUAUUAAGGCAGUUGAGGAGAGCUACCGUCUCCCUGGCCCUAUGGACUGUCCUGUCGUUCUGUACCACCUGAUGAUGGCCUGCUGGCAGAAGGACAGGAACAGCAGACCCAAGUUUGAGGAGAUCGUCUGUCUGCUAGACAAACUGAUACGCAACCCCAGCAGUCUCAAAGCCCUGGUCAACUCAUCACACAGGGUGUCUAAUCUAGUGGAGCCCGGCAGUGUGGACUCGGAGGCCAGCGUUUCUGCGUCAGUAGCCCUGAGGGAGGCCGCUGGGUACCAGCCUGGAGGCCUGAGGGAGACCGCUGGGUACCAGCCUGGAGGCCUGAGGGAGGCCAGUGGGUACCAGUCUAUAGAGGAGUGGCUGAAUGGGAUUAAGAUGGGUCGCUACGUGGAGCUUUUCAUGGACAGUGGAUACACCUCAGUGGAAGUGGCCUCCCACAUGACCCUGGAUGAUCUGAGGAGGGUUGGAGUAAACCUGGCUGGACAUCAGAAGAAGAUAAUCAACAGCAUCCAGGAGAUGAGAGUCAGCCUGGUGAAUAAUACUAUACCCAUCUGACCUCUAACCCCUUACCCUACAGCCAGAUGUACAGUAUGGACCAAUCUGACCUUUGAACCUAGGGUCAGACAUGAUGAACUUUACAGUACCAAUCUGACCUUUGAACCUAAGGUCAGACAUGAUGAACUUUACAGGACCAAUCUGACCUUUGAACCUAGGGUCAGACAUGAUGAACUUUACAGUACCAAUCGGACCACUGAUAAAGGCCAGAGGUAUGAACUUUACAGGACCAAUCGGACCCUACUCCCAACAGGCAGACAGAUAGACAUGUGGAUCUAGUGGCCUGGAACUUUCUAUGAACAUAUGAACAUGAUGUAUUUAUUGACUGCAACAAACUGAAACACAACGGGACAUGACUUGAUGAACUGAGGAACACCGAAGAGCACUUGGUGUUGAACAGUGUUGUGUCUUUGUGACCUGAACACCUCUACUGGGUGAAGUGAGAGGAGCAGACUCUGUGUAGUUAAGUACUCUCAGGGAUGGAAGUCACUGGCCGAGGCGGGCUAGUAAACAGUGAAUUAUACAAAGCCCGGGUAACAUUCGGUUCCGAAAUCUGUGCUAGGAAAUGUUUUAAAAGACCAUCGUGUUUGGCACAUGUUCUCCUAGUCCAGUCUGAAGAGCACUAGCUCGGUACUCUUCCUGGAUGGGACUCAGACAUGGGAGUCAGUCUCUUGGCUGAAUGUAUGGCACUUCAGAAACUCCAGCAGCUUACACACACAGUCUAUUACCUCUAGACAGCCAACCUACAUUACUUCAACAUCAUCAACAGUAAUACAGAGAAUAACUUUCAGCACUUUUACUGAACUCAUAGAUGUCCUACAGAACCCACAGAUGUCCUACAGAACCCAUAGAUGUCUUACAGAACCCAUAGAUAUCCUACAGAUCCCACAGAUGUCCUACAGAACCCAUAGAUAUCCUACAGAACCCACAGAUGUCCCACAGAACCCAUUGAUAUCCUACAGAACCCACAAAUGUCCUACAGAACCCAUAGAUAUCCUACAGAACCCACAGAUGUCCUACAGAACCCACAGAUGUCCUACAGAACCCAUAGAUAUCAUACAGAACCCACAGAUGUCCUACAGAACCCACAGAUGUCCUACAGAACCCAUCGAUAUCCUACAGAACCCACAGAUGUCCUACAGAACCCACAGAUGUCCUACAGAACCCACAGAUGUCCUACAGAACCCAUAGAUAUCCUACAGAACCCACAGAUGUUCUACAGAACCCACAGAUGUUCUACAGAACCUGCAGAUGUCCUACAGAACCCGCAGAUAUCCUACAGAACCCACAGAUGUCCUACAGAACCCAUAGAUAUCCUGCAGAACCCACAGAUGUCCUACAGAACCCGCAGAUAUCCUACAGAACCCACAGAUGUCCUACAGAACCCAUAGAUAUCCUGCAGAACCCACAGAUGUCCUACAGAACCCAUUGAUAUCCUACAGAACCCACAGAUGUCCUACAGAACCCGCAGAUAUCCUACAGAACCCACAUAUGUCCUACAGAACCCACAGAUAUCCUACAGAACCCACAGAUGUCCUACAGAACCCACCGAUGUCCUACAGAACCCACCGAUGUCCUACAGAACCCGCAGAUGUCCUACAGAACCCGCAGAUGUCCUACAGAACCCACAGAUGUCCUACAGAACCCACCGAUGUCCUACAGAACCCGCAGAUGUCCUACAGAACCCACAGAUGUCCUACAGAACCCACCGAUGUCCUACAGAACCCACCGAUGUCCUACAGAACCCGCAGAUGUCCUACAGAACCCGCAGAUGUCCUACAGAACCCUUAGAUGUCCUACAGAACCCACAGAUAUCCUACAGAACCCACAGAUGUACUACAGAACCCUUAGAUGUACUACAGAACCCAUAGAUAUCCUACAGAACCCAUAGAUAUCCUACAGAACCCACAGAUGUCCUACAGAACCCAUAGAUAUCCUACAGAACCCACAGAUGUCCUACAGAACCCGCAGAUGUCCUACAGAACCCAUAGAUAUCCUACAGAACCCACAGAUAUCCUACAGAACCCACAGAUGUCCUACAGAACCCACAGAUGUCCUACAGAACCCACAGAUGUCCUACAGAACCCACAGAUGUCCUACAGAACCCAUAGAUAUCCUACUGACAUCCUGCAGUAUCUACAAACAUCCUUAAAAACGUUCAGACAAACUACGGAACGUGCCACACUCCAACAGAAAAACUACUGUUUCAACAUAAUCAGUCAAUCCUACAGAAUUGUACAGAACAUCCAGUGUUCCGUAGCUCCACAUGCAUCCGAAAGAGAAAUAGAACACGUUGCAGUCUAUCAGAACCUUCAGACAACCGACAGAACCUCCAGGAACCUACCAGAACAUCCAUACUUCCAACUGAACUUCCAACAGAACCUUUCAAUGGAACUCUCAGCAAUCCACACAAAUCUCCAGAACUGUCAUUCAACAGAACAUACCAAUAGAACCCAUCCAGAAGAUUCUACAACAUCUAACAGCACAUUCUAUUGAUUUGCUAGUUGGUUAUCUAUGAGACUCUCCUCUGCACAUCAAGCUUCAUCACACCCCUCCAAGUAUCCACUACCCUACAGAGAUUGGACUGUGUUUAUGCAGUAAGACUGGUUUCAUACUAAACAUGUAUUAUUUUGGUGGGGAACUCCUGAGUAUUAAGAAGCAAUAUAGACUUUUAGCUUGGUAUUCGUAAUUUAUUUGUAACUUUUAUUCUGUAAAAGCAUUUGUAUGUGUGUAGUAUUUCUUCAUGACUACACAACCCUGGGCAUGACCUCACUCGCCGAGGGUGUCUCAGGGGGGAGUGGGAUAUGCAAAAACACAUUUCCACUUCACACGUGUAUAAUACACACGGGUACAUGUGUGAAAUAGGACAAAUGUAAGCGCCCACCUAAUUCUUCUUCUUCUUGUUAUACAUGUCGUAGGAGGUUAAUUAUUAUAAAGUCUCCGGUCAAAAUCAAAUCCACAACCAUCAGUCCGUGGACCAUUACUUGACUUUAACAUGUAUAUACUGGAUACUGGAGAACAUGACAUACUGGGACCGGGUUAAUGUAGAGAAUAUAUACACUCUUAGUUCCAUGUAGAACCCUCUGUGUAAAGGGUUCUGCCUGGAACCAAAAAGGGUUCUGCCUGGAACCAAAAGGGUUCUAUCUGGAACCAACAUGGUUCUGCCUGGAACCAAAAGGGUUCUACCUGGAACCAAAAGGGUUCUACCUGGAACCAAAAGGGUUCUAUCUGGAACCAACAUGGUUCUGCCUGGAACCAAAAGGGUUCUACCUGGAACCAAAAUGGUUCUGCCUGGAACCAACAUGGUUCUGCCUGGAACCAAAAGGGUUCUACCUGGAACCAAAAGGGUUCUGCCUGGAACCAACAGGGUUCUACCUGGAACCAAAUAGGGGUUUUCAGGACAGCUGAAGAACCGCUUUAUGUUCUAGAUAGAACCUUUUGUUAAGAGUGUAGAGUGGGAUUUAAUACAUGCUUUACGUAACUUCGCAGUGCUUUAUUGGUUGAACUUGAGCAUUUUACAGUCAUGUGCACAUAACUUCUGCUCUGAUAAUUGCUGAAUGAUCAAUGAUUACUCUAUCUGCGUUCAUUGUGGGAUGUAUUUCAGUUAACAGUCAGUUAACAACAAAUUCUUAUUUACAAUGACGGCCUAGUGGGUUAACUGCCUUGUUCAGGGGCAGAACGACAGAUGGCCUAGUGGGUUAACUGCCUUGUUCAGGGGCAGAACGACAGAUGGCCUAGUGGGUUAACUGCCUUGUUCAGGGGCAGAACGACAGAUGGCCUAGUGGGUUAACUGCCUUGUUCAGGGGCAGAACGACAGAUGGCCUAGUGGGUUAACUGCCUUGUUCAGGGGCAGAACGACAGAUGGCCUAGUGGGUUAACUGCCUUGUUCAGGGGCAGAACGACAGAUGGCCUAGUGGGUUAACUGCCUUGUUCAGGGGCAGAACGACAGAUGGCCUAGUGGGUUAACUGCCUUGUUCAGGGGCAGAACGACAGAUGGCCUAGUGGGUUAACUGCCUUGUUCAGGGGCAGAACGACAGAUGGCCUAGUGGGUUAACUGCCUUGUUCAGGGGCAGAAUGACAGAUGGCCUAGUGGGUUAACUGCCUUGUUCAGGGACAGAACGACAGAUGGCCUAGUGGGUUAACUGCCUUGUUCAGGGACAGAACGACAGAUGGCCUAGUGGGUUAACUGCCUUGUUCAGGGGCAGAACGGUAGAUUUUUACCUUGUCAGCUCGGGGAUUCGAUCUUGCAACCUUUCGGUUACUGGCCCAACGCUCUAACCACUAGGCUACCUGUCGCCCCCGGCUACCUGUCGCCCCCGGCUACCUGUCGCCCCCGGCUACCUGUCGCCCCCGGCUACCUGUCGCCCCCGGCUACCUGUCGCCCCCGGCUACCUGUCGACCCCGGCUACCUGUCGUAAUUGUAUGAAGAGAGAAGAUAGAGACACUGCUGUAUUGUCUGACAGAGAACAAAGAGGGAUGUACAGUAUUCGAGUCAGUCAGUAGAACAGAAUAACAACUUGCUUGGUGGAAUAUUUGUCCUUAUUUCAGAAGUAUAUUUUAGAAAGAGACCAGGAUGGUAACAUCACACUGUAUAUUAUUGGCUUUUCAGUAGAAGACACCUAUUUCCAAAUGACCCUGUUGUCACCUAUCCCCAAAUGACCCCAGUGUCACCUAUCCCCAAAUGACCCUAGUGUCCCCUAUCCCCAAAUGACCCCAGUGUCCCCUAUCCCCAAAUGACCCCAGUGUCACCUAUCCCCAAAUGACCCUAGUGUCACCUAUCCCCAAAUGACCCUGUUGUCACCUAUCCCCAAAUGACCCUAGUGUCACCUAUCCCCAAAUGACCCUAGUGUCCCCUAUCCCCAAAUGACCCUAGUGUCCCCUAUCCCCAAAUGACCCUAGUGUCACCUAUCCCCAAAUGACCCUAGUGUCACCUAUCCCCAAAUGACCCUAGUGUCCCCUAUCCCCAAAUGACCCUAGUGUCCCCUAUCCCCAAAUGACCCUAGUGUCCCCUAUCCCCAAAUGACCCUAGUGUCCCCUAUCCCCAAAUGACCCUAGUGUCACCUAUCCCCAAAUGACCCUAGUGUCACCUAUCCCCAAAUGACCCUACUGUCCCCUAUCCCCAAAUGACCCUAGUGUCCCCUAUCCCCAAAUGACCCUAGAGUCCCCUAUCCCCAAAUGACCCUAGUGUCCCCUAUCCCCAAAUGACCCUAGUGUCCCCUAUCCCCAAAUGACCCUAGUGUCCCCUAUCCCCAAAUGACCCUAGUGUCCCCUAUCCCCAAAUGACCCUAGUGUCACCUAUCCCCAAAUGACACUAGUGUCCCCUAUCCCCAAAUGACACUAGUGUCCCCUAUCCCCAAAUGACCCUAGUGUCCCCUAUCCCCAAAUGACCCUAGUGUCACCUAUCCCCAAAUGACCCUAGUGUCCCCUAUCCCCAAAUGACCCCAGUGUCCCCUAUCCCCAAAUGACCCCAGUGUCACCUAUCCCCAAAUGACCCUAGUGUCACCUAUCCCCAAAUGACCCUAGUGUCACCUAUCCCCAAAUGACCCUAGUGUCCCCUAUCCCCAAAUGACCCUAGUGUCCCCUAUCCCCAAAUGACCCUAGUGUCCCCUAUCCCC